UUUCAUGUACUUAUGGUCAUGGGAAUUUAGAAUUGGAGAGGGUUUAGAGAUUAUCUGGCUCCCGCACUUUUAUAGUUUUGGGGAAGCUUUGGAAUUCUUUUCUUCAUUCCUUCAUUCAACAAAUAUUUAUUGAGCACCUGCUGUGUACCGGCCGGGGCAUACAGUGGUGGAGCACAGGGAUCCCGCUGGCCUGCCCUUUUAGAGCUGCCAUCUAGUAAGGGAGACAAACACUAAUCGGAUAAUCACAAAUAGAACCUGAGAUUGAAACUGCCUAAGUGCUGUGAAAGUCAUACUUGGCACUUUGGAUGUGUAUUGUAGGAGGAUUUAAUUUAGAGAAAUUGAGGCAGACGUUUCUGAGGAGGUGGUAGUUGAGGUCUGAAAGAGAUUAGUAGCUGGGAAGAGCCUUCAAGAUAGGAAACAGCCUUUGCAAAGGUCUAGUGGCCUGAGGGAUUUGGCUGUUUCAAAGAACUGAAAGCAAAGGGCUCAGAGAGUGGUGUGGAGUGAGGCUGGAGAACUAGGAAGGUGACAACCCAUGCAGGGCCUUGGAGUUUAAUCAUUAACAGCAGUAGGGAGCCUUUGAGAUAUUUGAGCCAAGUGAUAAUGUGAUCAACUUUGUAUUUGCAAAGGUUCAAUCUAGCUAUAAGAUGGAGGAUGGAUUGAAAAAGGCGAAAGUGGAUGGGAGUAAUGGAGUAAAUCCAAGCAAGAAAUGUUAGGAAGUGGUUGUGGAGAUCGGGAGAAAUGGACGGACUCAUGUUUAGGAAGUAAAAACGACUGGAUAUGGAGGGUGGGGGAAGGAAGUGUUAAGGAUGACUUGUGGUUUCUGACUUGCAUAGCUGGAUAGAUGUCUUUCAGUGAACUGGGAAAAUUUAGAAGUUCAAUUUUGUACAUGAUGAGUUAUAGGUACCUUUGACAAAUUUUAGAGAAGUAGAGAUCUAGAGCUCAGAUUUGAUGCCUAGGGUGGGGGAAAAAUUACUGAGUCAUCUGUAAAUGAUUAUUAAAGCCAAGGGCAUAAAUGAGUGAAGAGGGCCUAGGAUGGAGUCUUGGGUACUAACUGACUAGGUUAGAGGAAGACGAGUCUGCAGAGAAGAUGUAGGAGUGUCCAGAAAGGGAGGAAAGUCAGGUGAGUACUGUGUUUGAGAAGUCAAGGAAGAUAACUUUUCGAGAAAAAGGAGCUCAUGAAAAGUGUCAGAUGUUGCUGAGAGGUCAGGUAAGAUGGUAUUGAAAAGCAUUCUUUCAGGUGAUCAACCUGAGGGUUAUUUCCCUUUCUUCAAAGGAAACCUUACCUAGAAGACCAAUAUAUAGACAGGUUUUUUUAGAAAGCUGCUCUGGUUGAAGUGGGGGUGAGGUACCUGUGUUCUGCCUAUUUGACAUCCAUUUGGACCACAGUUUGAAACCUUCUGAAAAGUCAGAAUCACCAUGGGGGAACUCAACAGUUGAGAGGAGAAGAUGCUGGAACCACAGGACCGUGGCUUGAUUGACCUGCCAGAUUAUGAGCAUGUAGAAGAUGAAACUUUUCCUCCUUUUCCACCUCCAGCUUCUCCAGGGAGGGAAGAUGGUGAAGGAGCCGAACCUGAUGAAGAGUCGGGGAGGGGAGCGCCUGUUCCUGUGCCUCCAAAGAGAACAGUUAAAAGGAACAUACCCAAGCUGGAUGCUCAGAGAUUACUUUCAGAGAGAGGGCUUCCAGCAUUAAGGCAUGUGUUUGAUAAAGCAAAAUUCAAGGGUAAAGGUCAUGAGGCUGAAGACUUGAAGACGCUCAUCAGACACAUGGAGCACUGGGCACAUCGGCUAUUCCCUAAACUGCAAUUUGAGGAUUUUAUUGACAGAGUUGAAUACCUGGGAAAUAAAAAGGAAGUUCAGACUUGUUUAAAACGAAUUCGACUUGAUCUCCCUAUUUUACAUGAAGAUUUUAUUAGCAAUAAUGAUGAAGUAAGGGAAAAUAAUGGCCAUGAUGUAACUGCUACUGAAUUAGAUCCCUUUUUGACAAACUCAUCAGAAAGUGAGAAGUUUGCUUUUGAGUCCAGUAGAAGCCUAACAGAAGAGCAACAACAAAGAAUUGAGAGAAACAAACAACUGGCCUUGGAAAGAAGGCAGGCGGCAAAGCUACUGAGUAAUAGUCAGUCUCUAGGAAAUGACUUGUUAGGGAACACACCCAGGGCACAGACGGAUGAAGAGGUUGACACAGGUGAGGAUCAAGACGAGGAGCAGUCAGACGGCGUGGACAGAGGCCUUCUCGACAGUCCACUCAGUGCUGCUGCUGCCAGUACUGUGAAUGAGGAGGAGGAGCCAAAAGGAGAGGAAACGCAACUGGACCACACCUUUUAAAAUGUACAGUAGUGAUUUGACGCUUCAUCCGGAAAGGUACUUGAGGGUGGAUAGGCCUCAACUAAGAGGAAAUGUAUUAACUUGCUAUCCUCCAAAUUUGAGAUUACUCUGUAUUGUUUACUCUUAGUGAAAAUCCUUAUGUAGUAAAAACUUGUGCAAAUGCCUGUUUAAAAUCUGGUAUUUAUAAUUAUACUUGUUUCUUAUUAACUUUAGUUAAGUCUAUUUAUUCUCUUUUGUAUUUAUUUUUAUACAGAUAGGACUUCAUAAAAAUGAUUAGUAGUUAAUAAACAGUUUCUGCUGCUAGUGUGCCAUUGACUGCCUUGUUUUCACUAAAUUGGGUGGUGUUUUAAGAUGUAACUAUAUAAUGAAUAUUAAUUUCCAUUUUUAAAAAAGAAAUAAAAACCUUA